AUAGCAUACUUUUAGACUUAGCGUAACACGCUGAUUUUUGUGUCUUGUGUUUCCCUUUUAUAUUAAAUUCUCAGUAAUGCCUCCUAAAAGGGCAGCAGCGGUGGCGGCAGCAGCUGCCGUCGCCGCUGCUGAUCCACCUGCGCCGUCUUCCAGUGAAGCCCCGGAGGAAGAGAAAAAAACAGAUGCUGCGGCGCUGCGCAAACUUACAGCCCAUCCCUCCACAGCAGUUAUGGUGAAAGAAGCGCUUAAAGAGUUGGACUCGCGCAAAGGGGUUUCAUUCCAAGCGAUACAGAAUUACAUUAAACAAAAAUACCCCUCGGUGGAUUUGGUAAGGCUGAAGCAUUUCGUCCGUAGAGCCCUGAAAAAAGGACUGGAGACUGGCACGUUAGUGCGUCCUGCUAACUCUACGGCCACUACAGGCGCACAGGGAAAAUUUAGGCUUGCACCAGUCAAGGAGGCAAAGCCCAAAGCUGAGAACGUGGAUCCCAAUGUGCAAAAGGCAGCCAAGGAUGGAGCCAAGAAGUCAAAAAAAAUGGGUACCACGAAGAAAGGCACUGCCAAAGAAGAGGCCAAGUUGCCAGACUCUGCCAGAGAGGCCAAGUCGCCAGACUCUGCCAAAGAAGAGGCUUCCUCACCAGAGGUGGCUCCCAAAAGGUCUAAGAAAGAAAAAGAAGCUGCUACCUCAAAGGCUGCUCCAGCAAAGAAGCCAAAAGCUAAAAAAGCUGCAGAAAAGGUUGAUGUGGAAGCCUCUGACUCAGCCGAAACUAAAGUAGCGAAGACCACAAAGGAUGCAAAGGCAGGAAAUGCAACUCUGAGCAAGGCUGCUAAAGCAGGCAGCGACGCCCCUGCUGCUAAAGCAACUGGGAGAAGAGGAAAGAAGACUGCAGAAUAGAUUUAUUGUUUUUAUACUUUUGUUUGCAAUAAAAUCUUAACUUUUGGA